UCAUACGUGGUGGUAAAAUGGUUCCACUUUAUGCCCCUUGGUUCGUUCUGCUCGCCAUCUUAAUGCAGCUGGUUCCCAGUUCUGCCUACCCCAUAACAGCCUCGUGGUUUCGGGACAGAUACAGCCGCGAAGAAUGGGCCCAGGCUUUGGACAGUUAUCAGAAGUUUGGAGCUGACUCAAUAUGGCAGCGAGCUCCCCCAAUCAUUAAACGGACCGAAGGCGAGCUCAGUCGUAACCCUAACUUCGUUUGGUGUGGAAGUACGAAAAGCGCGACGAAGGUGACAGGAACGCGCUGCUGGGAAGAAGCGCGUUCAGAGUUAUCUUCCCUUGGUUUGAAAGUGAGCGGUUUUCUGACGUAUGAGUAUGAAGAAGACUUCGGCAAGGAUGUUAUGCUCUGUCCUAAAUAUGAUCGCCGCCUCAACAGCUCAAGGAUAUAUUAUAGGAUUGUUUUACCGACAACUCGACCAAGAACACCAUGCGAUUUUCCACAGGGAUCAGAGGUUUAUGUACUUUUCACAACAUUUUCUGGAACCGAUUCCCACUCUUUGUUGCUAGAGGGCGCUUAUAAUAGGAGCAUGAAUGUCUACUUUGGACUUCCGGCUUUUCCAGUUGACAGUGGUGGAGGUUUUGAUACAACACUGACAGAUGUCUAUUUCGCAUGGGUUGACCGAAUACUCUUCGAACAUAAGCAAAGGUAUUCACGGCUGACUUCGAGAGAAAUCAGUCUGUAUUCGACGCUGAAAGGAUAUUAUUCCACGGAUGAAGUCUGUUUAGCCCAAGUUACACCGGGUUCCAAAAAACAGAGGAAUCUAGCGGGGUUUUACUUAAAUUUGUACAAAAACCUUGGGCAAAUGAUCAGACGCUAUCAAAAGGAAUUCGUCUUGUCGCCCUUUAUAGACCUCAAUCUUUCCGAGUUGAACGCUACUGUUUCUGAUCAUGUCCGUGGUUUCACCGCCAUUGCCAAUCUGGGUGUGGUUGACGUCAUAGCUGUGCAGGAGGGAAGAGGCGCGGGCAAAGGCUGCUAUUUUUGGGACACUCAAAUCGAUCUUCCAGUAAAAACAGUUGACCCUAUGCUUUAUGAAAUCCUCCGCUACCGACAACCUACAAUCAGCCCUGGGGUCACAUACAGACAGGCGUUCUCGGCCAGCAACCAGCAGGUUUUUCGUGCCUUCGGUACAGCUCACGAUUUACUUGUAAAGCAAGGCGUCCCGUUUGAAUUUUGGCUGAAUGUAGAAGCGUUCGAGUAUGUUCGGGAUGACCCGUGUCUUCCUGUCGACCCCUCGGCUUCGGGUAUGGGAGAGUUACUGGAGAGGACGAGCAAAUCCCGGGUUGACCGUGCGAUCACUGUGGCUGGGGCGGACGUCCAGAAAAUCAUCAGUUUCUCUUGGGAUGCAGAUUACUUGUGUGUGACAAGAAAAUACAACAAAUCUUUGGCUAGUGAAAUCAUUGCCGAUAAAGAAAGACCAAUCAUAUCAAACUGCUCUUUUCAUUCACCUUAUAAUCUGUCAGUGGUUGUGUUGGGUUACAAUUUGGAUGGAGAAACACAAUCGUUCAAGAUAAAGUGGACGGACACAAGCGGGCGAAAUAGAACCGAUACAUUAUACGGUUAUUAUUUCGAAUUGGAUUACGGCGAGAGGAAUGACAGAGUAACCUCCCUUCAAUAUGUCAUGCUGUGGGACACGUACGAUUGGCAGGAGGUACGCCCCAAAGGCCACGUGACUGUUCAAGCAGCAGGGGCGUACAAUGACUGUAUCUACUCAUAUGAUUAUUCAUGA